AUGUCCGCUGGUACACCCCCACGAACUGCCGGCCCAGCCUUGGGAACAGACGCACCAACGCCCGAUGCUGUCAUUCAUCACGAACAGCGUCGUAUAGGCAACAUCUGUGCCAUCCUCGUUCGCAAUCUCUCACUGAGACCAACACGCGACCGUGCGCUCCAGACCCUUGCUUAUAAGCGCCCCGGCGGCUCGAGUCGCUACCACACAACUUCAGACGAUGCCGAUCUCACGCUCAGUCUCGCGCGAUCCAACAGCAAAGGCAAAAGCAAGGCACAGACAGACGCCGCGCAUCGACGCCGCAGGAGUGCCAGCUGGAGUCGGCUCGACCCAAACUCAUCCGACGAUCCGUCGGCAGAUGAGCUCGACGACGACCUCGCUUCUCCCGUGACUGCGAGCAGGACACUGGCAGCAGGGAAGCGUAGAGAUGCACGUGGACGCCCUGCCAUCCUUGCCAAUCGUCGCCGCACGUCAGACCACGAGCUGACACUGGCCAGCAGUGCGCAUUCGGUAGGCUCCGCCGACAGUUUUCACGCAGAGGCGAGCCCACGUCCGAUCCUCAAGCGAUCCUCCAGCACACGCGAUGGCAGAGAUGCAAGGAUGCAAUCCGGAUCUCCGGGCAAUUCAUCUACAUCAGGGUUCCUCGACGAGCUUGGCGCCAACACCACCAUGCUAUCGCGCUCCGACUCGCGCAGCUCCUCACACUCGUCGCGCACCAUUCGCAGACCGUCACAUCGCGCGAGGACCACCAGCAUGACAUCCUCCGGCAGCUUUCGUAGCGUUCGCUUUGACGAAAGUCACAUGGGCUCAUCAGACGAUGCGCGGCGCCCGACGCGCGCCUCGGGCCGCAUCCAUCCCUCCUCGCGCUUCUCGCUCUUUUCGCACAAGAGCCUCGCGCAGAUCAUGCAGGAGCGCAUGCUCGAAUGCUACGUCGAGCUCUCCGUAGUCGACGGCGACAAUUCGACUGACAAGGGCGCAAAUGCAGCAGGGCCCAAGAAAAUCUUCUACCGCAGCCCAAACUCCAAACCCGGCCUGCAUCAUUCGUGGGGCUAUCAGGGGGGAGAUUCGAUCCUGCCGGAGCGCGACUUCAAUUUGUCGCCAGGCAUGCUAUCCCCAGCUGCGCCUCUGGAAGCCUCUAGGGUUCGAAUUGCAGUUUGGGCGCGCCCGCCGCCUGCACCUCGGGCAGGUGCCACCUCAGGCAAACCCGCUGGGACACGAGCAGCAGAGGAGUGGAAGCUCGUGUGCCAAUCAAGCGUCGAUCUGCGCGACCUCGAGCCGCUCUCCGCAAAUCAUCAAGACGCUACGCUCAGCGUCCCGCCCAACUCGAUCGUGCUUGGACUGGCGCUGGGCGCCAACUCGCUCUCAGGCCGUGCAAGUUUGUCGCCUGCAGCACCGAGCUCGAAUUCCGCAGUAGCCAAAUCGACAUCAGAAGAGGGCAAGAAAACGGAGCCCACACUAACGCGCAAAGCCAGCGAGAGAGAAGUAGAGCGGACGCGACGCAUCUUAGAGAGCAUCGUCUACUAUACAGUCCCGCUCGACUCCAUCAUAAGGACCACGGAUACGGGCACCUCCGGUGGCGCCAUCCCUUCACCCGCUGUGGGCAAGGGCAAGCCCCGAUCACCGGGUCUCCCACGUCGAACUUCUCGAGAUGGAUAUGCCUCGGACCCCGAGAACACGCCGGUGCGGAAAACAACUCCCGACAGCCCGAAAGGCCCACACGCGCAGACAGAGGUGUCUAACACUGGCCUUGCGACUUCUCCUGCCGCGGAACUCGCGCUUCCAGGCGCUGCGGAGACGCGAAGGCGCGAGAGACGCAAAGCAUUCGAGGAGGAGCAGCGACGUGCGCUCGAGCUCAGCCUCCGCGAGACCAAGAUGAUGCCCAGCUACACUCUGGAACAGGCGCGGCAUGUGGCUCGAAAGCAGGCCGAGCUUAGAGCAAUGAUGGCCGAAGUGGAUGCCCUGAGGCGGCAGAUCGGGAACGUGCUGCGGGAGCCUUCUGGGCAGAUACAACUCCGGCUCAAGCGGGAGCAGCAAGCAGCACGAUGCGAGGACAGGCGGCGACUGGCCAGAGACGAAGCGCACGAGCUCGAGCGGAGAAAGGCCGAGCUAGAGUCCAAGAAGGCGGCUCUCGAAGCGCGGCGUAAUGCGAUGCGUGCGUCUGGCGCGCUAUUCGAGGCCGCACAGCGUACGACCAAGCAGCUUCGAGAGGAGCUGAGCGCGCUACGCAGCAUCCGGGCCGACGUAUCGCUGGAUGUCCACUCGCAGCAAGCGUCGUUGUUGCGAGACCUCGAGAUCAUCUUUCCUGUCGAGUUAUCCGACGCAUCGUCGCUGCUCUUCUCCAUCUGUGGCCUGCCGCUGCCCAACGCUGUUGCAUCGCUGCCGCCGGCCGAACUUGCGCAUGAAGAAAAGCGGUGGAAGGACACCGUAAAACGGCACGUGCCUGCAGCGACACGGCCCAUCUUCCAUCCGUUCGACGACGAUACGAUCAGCAGCGCAUUUGGCAUGGUGGCACAGCUGGUGCUGCUGCUCAGCACGUAUCUGGCUACGCCGAUCCACUAUCCGCUGGCAACGGCGGGCAGUCGAGCCGUGGUGCAGGACGGCAUCUCGCUCAUGAGCGGUCCGCGCGCCUUCCCGCUGUACGCAAAGAGCAUGGAGAGGUAUCGGUACGAGUAUGCAGCUUUCUUGCUCAACAAGGACAUCGAACAGCUCAUGAACGUUCACUCGGUCACCGUAAUCGAUAUAAGGCAUACGCUGCCCAACAUCAAAAACCUCAUGGUCACGGUCGCCGCGGCUCCACCCACCAGCCAUGCGACGCGCAAAAGCCAUAUUGGCAAGAAUGAGAUCGCGCUGCGCUCGGCGGCGGUCUCGCUGCCUCCUGUGAAGGACGAUGCCGGGCACGAGACCGGGCUGGUUCAGCAGACGAAGCGCGGAACAGGGCUGGGGAUCGGGCUGCCAAAGCUCCCAGGUGCAGCGCAGGCUGGUGAGGCCGAGUCGCCGGCAGACACACUCGUCACGACCCGUGUUCUCGGAGCGCCGUCGAAACCGGCCGCCACCAAUGCCACGGCCAGCGGUGCGAUUGCAUCCGUCUCGCGUGCCUUCAGCUACUUUAGUGGCAGCGGUGGUAGCACGCGCUGA